AUGGCCCCCUCCACCGCAGCCCUGGCGCUCUGCAUGGCACUGCUCCUUGCCCGGUCGGCAGACGGUGAGGAGCUGGCAAGACCCACGGACGUGCGCUUUGAGGCAGAGAUUGGGCAUCACCUGCUGCGCUGGGGGCCUGGGCACAACGCCUCUGGGCAUGUCCAGUACCAAGUGGAGCACAAAGUCUAUGGCACCAAUGUCUCCUGGGCACCCAUCCCGACCUGCAUGAACAUCUCAGGGCACUCCUGUGACCUCACCUACCACACCCUGGAUCCUGCCCACCGCUACUAUGCACGGGUCAGGGCUGUGGCUGGCAGCCUCACGUCCCCGUGGCACAGGACCAACUCUUUCUCCCCCCGAGAAGCCAGCCUGCGCCUGGCAGGCCAGAGCCUCUCUGUGAGGGGCAACAUCAUCCACGUGCAGCUGCAGCUGCUGCUCCGAGUGGGCAACCUCAGCAUCAGGUACGAGGACAUCCAGCAGCACACGAGGAGGUACUGGGUGCACGUCAGGAGGACGCAGGACAACCGGACGUACAAAGUGCUGGAGACCAGCCCAGAGUUCAACAUCAGCAGCCUGCAGUGGGACACUCAGUACUGUGUCAGCGUGGAGCCCGCGGUGGCCAGCAGGAGCGUCCACGCCACCCGCACCCAUGAGCAGUGCAUCACCACCCACGCCAGGGACAGGAGCUCAGAGCUUGUCCUGAUCAUCAGCAGCUCCUUAUUCAUCACUCUCUUGCUCUUGGGUCUUCUGGGGGUUCUUCUGGUGUGCACCUACCUCAAGAAACCUGUGAGGCCACCAUCUGUCCUGAAGUCCUUCAUAAAGCAGAGCUCACUCUGGCUGGAGGAGUCAUCCUCAGGCAGCCCAGACCCCAUCCAGAAGCUCUUCCUGUGCCAGAAGGAGCCCCAGCAGGACUGUGGCCCCAUCAGCAUCAUCAGCAUGGCCCAGCUGCCUCUGGAGGAGGGUUGGAGGCUCCCAGCACAGCCUGAGGACCAGAUGUGCUUGCUGGGGCUGGGGGCCAUGGGGAGUGGAGACAGCAGCUGCACCAGCACUGACAGUGGCAUUUGCCUGCACACCUCCUCCUCUUCCUCCCAGCUCAGCUGCUCCUCCAGCACUGAGCCCCAGGGCUACAAGCAGCAGGAGCCCACCAGUGACGACAGCGGCGUGGGUUUGGGGACCCCUCACCCCACACACUGCUGGGCCAGUGGGAAGAGGAACCCCACAGAGGCCAGGCAGCCCCACGGCCAGGAGCUCAGCCUCUGCCCUGCUGCCAGCCAGGACUGUGGGCACAACGUGGAGUUCCGUGGCUACCUGCAGCAGUCCAAGGGCAUGGUGGAGCCAAGGCAGGACCCAGCCAAGGGGCUGUCCUCUGCGGGCUGUGCAGGACCCCUGCAGGGCAGCAGUGACAUCGUGCCGGAUGUGGAGAGCUCCGAGCCGGCUGUGGUCAAGGGGUAUUUGAAACAGUCCUCACCUGAGCACCUUCACAGCCACGUACAGGACCUUGCUCCGUGGAGAGUCCCCUGGGAGCCCACUGCCUGGGAUUUGUGCAGCCAAGUGGGGCCCCAAGCCCCCAGACUGCUGAGCUACGAGGCUCCAGGUGCUCCCUUGGCCUCCAAAGCUGGCCCUGAGCUCCUGAAGUCUCCCUUUGACCUGAGCACCUUCAACACUGACCUCCUGGGGACACUGCCCUUCAUCUCCAGCCUCAACACCAGCAAGUGGCUCGGGGAGCAGAUGAGUUCCCUGAGCCUGCUGAGUAGGGGCAGCAAGGACAGCCGCCUGUGA